AUGGGUCGUUGUGUUAAAAUUCUUUUUGGAAGUUUAUCCAUUAUAGUAGCAUUGAUUGCAAUUGGUAUUGCAUAUUUAAAAAUGAAUGAUCUUUAUCGACAAAAACUUUUUGCUCGAUUUCUCAAUAAACUUUCGGAUCCAAAUAAUACUGCCAUGAUGGAUAUUCGAUGUAAUCAAUUAUUAAAACAUUCAAAUGUUAAAGGUCAAGUAUUAGAAAUUGGUUCUGGUACAGGAAUAAAUUUUCUAUGUUUACAUAAUAAUACAAAUAUUCAAUCAUAUAUUGGUAUUGAACCUAAUAUUCAAAUGUAUUCGUAUUUUUAUGAUUUUAUUAAACAAUGGGAUAAAAUUCCAUAUGAAAUUCAUCUUUUAAAUGAUUCAGCUACAGAUAUGCAUGAAGUUAAAUCAAAUAGUAUUGAUACAGUCAUUAUGACAUUAGUGUUAUGUAGUAUUCCAGAUCCAUUACCAGAAAAAGUUCUCCUUGAAGUUCAUCGUAUAUUAAAACCAGGUGGAAAAUUUAUUUUCUUCGAACAUACAUCUGCUAAUUAUGAAGCUGAUCCGUUUAUUUAUGGAUUUCAAAGAAUGAUUGAACCCGUAUGGGCUAUUAUUGGUGAUGGUUGUCGAUUCAAACCAAUAACAAAUUAUUUUGAUGCAAUGAAAAAUGUUUAUUCAAAAGUUGAAUAUCAACAUAGUGAUAUGCCAACUCCACUUUUCUUUAUUAAAGAUGCUGUUAAAGGACAAUUAAUUAAAUGA